AUGGCUUACAAUCUUCUUCUCACCGUCCUCAUCGUACUCGCUUCCUUGUCUCUAGCUUCCUGUUAUUCUCAUCCCACAAGAGAUGUCUUGUUUAAACAAGACGAUGCUGAAUCAUAUUCUAUUGCCACGAGUCAGCAAGGAUCGUAUGUUGAAGAUCUAGUGAAAGUUCGAAGUCUUCAAGCUUUAGUCGCUGGCUCAAAAGUGGCUGUGAUUAAAGCUUCCAAGAAGAGUGGUUCGAAGAAGAGAAAACAUAAGAGUAAAGUAGGAUCACUGGAUGUUUCAGCCGUUGUUGGAAUCAUAAUAGCAGCAAUUGUGGUUACUAUUAUCAUCAUCUGUGUUAUAUACUUUUUCUAUGUGAAGCACAAAACAAAAAAGGCUCUAAGUCUUGGACAAGUAAACGGAUCGGCCUCGAGUUUAUCAGACGGUUCAGGGAGAACAUUUACUUCUUCUUUCUCUGGGGCAGCGUCUCCACUGUUCCAUCAUGCUGGUGGGUUUAGAUGUUUCUCGGUGUUAAUAAUGUCAAGAGUUCCUUCUGGACUUAUGUAUUUUGGUUGUUUUCUUUGUAUAGGUUCUAUUCAGGGCCUUCAUAACAUGCACGGAAGCUUUAAUGUCUCCAACUCUGGUGUAAAUGGUCUUUCUUCUGCUGGAGUUCAACAACAAAAUGGAAGUCUUUCGAAUGGAAGAUUUGCAUCUAGCAAUCUUCCCGUUGGGCUCUCUCAGAUAUCGUAUGGUAGCUCUUAUGGACACUCAGGACUCACUAAUAGAGGAGGAGGAUUGGGAGUUUCUCCAAUUUUGGGAAAUGCCGGUUCUCGAAUACAGAGCUCUAUGGGGAAUAUGGUUGGUGGAGGCUCAAUGGGCAUGGAUUUAAGCUCUGGCGGUGGAUUAUCUAUCCCGAGUCUUGGUUCUCGGCUAGCAGACAACGGAUCUGGAAAUAUCGGACAAAUGAUGAGUGGGGUCCUUCCACAAGGAUCUUCGCAGGCUUUUUCUAUGCUUGGAACUUCAUACCCUACAGCUGGGGGUCUUCCCCAAAAUCAUGUUCAAACAAUGGACAAUCUAAGCUCCAUGAGCUUGCUGAAUGAUAUGAACUCCAACGACAUUUCUCCGUUCGAUAUAAAUAAUGAUUUUCCUCAGCUCACAAGCCGUCCCAGCUCUGCUCAAGGGCAAUUGGGGGCUCGAUUGCAACAAGGCCUUGGACUCAGCCCCAUAGUUCAGCAAAACCAAGAGUUCAGUAUUCAAAAUGAACAUUUUCCUGCAUUGCCUGGAUACAAAGGUAGCAAUGCUGAUUAUCCAAUGGAUUUGCAUCAUAAAGAACAACUCCAUGAGAAUUCAGUAUUAAUGAUGCAAUCUCAACAGUUAUCUAUGGGAAGGUCUGGUGGGUUUAACUUAGGUGGAACAUAUACGUCACACCAUCCUCAACAACAGCAACAACAUGCUCAAGCUACUGGUGGACCUCCGGGUAUUGGAUUAAGAUCAAUGAAUUCUGGAAAUCCUAUCACUGGGAUGGGUUAUGACCAGCCUCUCCAGCAAUAUCAGCACCAUCAGAACACGUCUCAGUAUCGCUUGCAGCAGAUGUCAGCUGUUGGCCAACCUUUUAGAGAUGUUGGAUUAAAAUCAAUGCAACCUGAUCGUUUUGGCUUGCUCGGUCUGCUUAGUGUGAUAAAGAUGAGCGACCCUGGCUUGACUUCUUUGGCACUUGGGAUUGAUCUGACGACACUUGGGUUAAAUCUGAACUCCACAGAAAAUCUUCAUAAGACUUUCGGCUCGCCUUGGUCUAAUGAACCCUCAAAAGGUGAUCCUGAGUUCAGUGUACCGCAGUGUUACUACGCUAAAAACCCUCCACCUCUACAUCAAAGGCUCUUUACAAAGUUAUUGCCAGAAACUUUGUUUUACGUAUUCUAUAGCAUGCCGAAAGAUGAAGCGCAAUUAUACGCAGUAAAUGAACUUUACAACAGGGGUUGGUUCUACCACAAAGAACACAAGUUGUGGUUCAUUAGAAUCGGGGAACCUCUUGUGCAAACAAAUGCGUAUGAAAGAGGAUCAUAUCACUGUUUUGAUCCAAACUCAUUUGAGAUCGUUCAAAAGGAAAAUUCUGUUCUUUAUUACGAGAUGCUGGAAAAGAAACCGUCCCUAUCUCAACACUGA